AUGGUGCUCCUCGUGGCCUGCUGCUCCAACAAGAAGGAUCUCUUUCUCGCGGCGACGCUGCUGAUGGUGAUGGCUCUCCUCGCGGCGGCGUCGGUGUCAGGGGAGAUUUGCAACAGAGUUGUUGUCUGCAGGCAAGAGAUUUGCACGGGAAUGUGUGCGGUGAUGGGAGGCAGUACUCUUGGGGCAUGUAGGUACAUUGGUGGCAUUCCAACCUGCUGCUGUCUCCUAGAAUCGGGCUCCACAUCCGUCGGCAGUGUCCACCAGCCUGUUCAUUGA